AUGAGCUCCUCCCUGCAAUACGUGCCGUUCGAAUCAGUAUGGAAGAUGCGAAUCGACCAUCCGUACUCCCUCUUCGUCCGGGACGGCUCCCACUUCUGGUCUUGCGGGCAGUGUCCACUCAACGAAGCCGGCGAUGUCUUGCACCCAAACGACCUCUUCGCUCAGGCGCGAGCUCUGACUGGUAUCAUCGACCAACUCCUCGGCAAGAUUGGUGCAAAUCGCUCUGCAGUCGCGCAGCUGGUGGUCUACUACAUCAAGACCGCCGAUGGAGAUGGUCACCGGCUAACACAUCUACUGUCCGGAUUCUUCGAUACGCAUGUGCUCGUUGUGCCGGUCUCGAUUCCCCAUUUCUACUACGAUGGCAUGAUGAUUGAGGUCGAUGUAAAGGGCGCCGUGGGCGAGAAGGCGUCCAGAUUAACCACCGAUGAAUCUACGAGAUCAUCUCUCCAGAUCGUGGAUAUAGGCGAUUUGAGUUACGGAGUGCUGCUCGUGCCCUCUGAAGCCGAGCUUGACAGUGCUGUACAGCGACUGCUGGCCCGGAGCGAUAUGGCGGACCGGAUCAUCUCGGAGCAGUGGUUCGUGGCGUCUGAUGCAGCUGCAAAGGAAUUACGAUCUAUCAGAGGCGACCGACUGCCGACAUCGUGUGAAGUUGUUGGCAUCCAGCGCGAUGGCUUCGCAGUCAUCGGACAAUUCACCUUCGCACGAGAUCCUGUCUCGGUCACGAGCUCUUCACACCGUGAGCAUGGCGUCGAGGACGUGGCAGUCUCACUCUCGCGCUCCGGUGAUUUCUUCGAAGUGAUGGCAGCAUGUACGAGCGGCCAACACGGGCUUGUAGAAGAAACACGGCGGAUCAUGCGUGCAAUCGACUGGACACUUCGAGACCACAACUUGUCCUUCAAGGACGUUCGCAAGUCAACGACGCAUUACAUUGCAGGCAGCUCAGCUGAGGACCUCCACGAUAACAUGAGUGUUCGGAAUGCUUACUAUACAAAGCCAGGGCCAGGAUCGACGGGCUUGCCUGUCCUGUCGUUUCCGCUUGCGGCGUCGCGUGUGUCCGUGAGGAUAUUUGGGAAGCUGUCUGCUCGGUGA